UUACUACGUACGCAUAUUCACUAGCCGCAAUGGUGAAUAUGAUAAGUGUAAACAAUGCGCUUUUUAUCGCUGUGUGGCGUCAAAACCUUGGGCCCUAUUUCACGGUGAAAAGGCAAAGUGAGAUGAAGGGACCUUAAAAUGAUCGCCACAAAGAAGUUAAAAAAGCUCUGUGUUGACACAAAUCUCAUACUUUUAACGAAGAACAUAAGGAAUCUCUAACUCAGCAGUAGGGGGCGCUAAUGCUUCACCUGGUGCAUCCGACUGUGAAGCGACGAAGAAAAGUCUUCCAGGAAGUUCAAGCAGAUGGGUGGAACCAGUGGCUGUACUGAGUAAUGAAUUCAGUAUGUGAUAUUUAAAGAUAGUAAUAUGAAGUUUUUGCUCUUCGUGACAACCACUGUAAAGUUCACAUAGCCUGAAGAAAUGCCUUUGUUCAUUCAAAACAAACCGCUUGACCGCAUAAGAUCGACAGCGGACCUGUUCGACAAAAAUCCACAUUUACAGGAAAAGGCAAAAGCAUUUCGGUCUAAGCCGCUUGUUGAUGUUGAUCCAAAGUGCCUCCUGUAUGUCCAUCAGAGGGAGUUUGCUGCAACAACACCAGCAGACAAAUGCGUUUCAGUCAUUGGAUCUGAUGAUGCCACAACCUGCCAUUUGGUUGUGCUGCGGCACACUGGAAGUGGAGCAGUUUGCCUAGGUCAUUGUGACGGUUCCAGCACUUGGUCUGAAGUACCACUCCUCGUGAAAGCGGUGACAUCACUGAGUGAUGCUUGUAAGGAGGGCAGACUUGAGCUCCAUCUUGUCGGGGGAUUCAAUGACGACUCAAAAACAUCCCAUAACCUCAGCCUUGAUAUACUGGCAGCGUUCCAGGUACAGAAGGAGGCUAUUCAUCUGGAAACAUGCUGCAUCACAGAAAUGAACGAUGUGGUUGUUAAUGGAACUCACAGACCUGUAGUAUAUGGAAUUGGUGUAGAUGUUAAAACAGGGGACGUUUACCCUGCCUCCUUCCCUCAUAAAGGGCCUGCAGAGGAGCUGCGAUCAGCACGGACCUUCACUGGAGGAGAGAUGGUUAACAUAUAUGACUCGAGUCGGGGACUUUUUCAAAUUGGCCCGUGCACAUGGUCUCAGAAUCUGGAUAUUGCCUUCUGGUUGUCACAGAAUGACGACACAAUUUUAAAGUACCUGUCCACCUCUCCGAGGGCUGAGCCACCGCACUUUGUCCAGCAUAUGAAGUCCACUAUUCAAUUCCUUUUAGACCACCCCAACUCUGAAAGCCUGUUUCCAGGGGGUCAACCACAGUUCUACCACAGGACAGAGACUGGGGACUGGGAGAGGGUUGUCCAGUCAUAGUGUCCAACUCUUUUCUUGCUGAACCUUAACCCAGUAGCUGACUUUUUUUGUCUCUCAGCUCAGUGGGAUGCACUGUGACCCUCUCACCUAAUUUCUGUUCUGUGUUUAUUGUGUCUUAAAAUGGAGUUUACUUUACUUGAACAUGUAUUUGUUGAAUUGCUUUCCUGACUCAUCUGGCUGGUCCAGUGGAAUGAGUAGAGGCAGUGUCUUUGUUCGUGCCUCUAAUAGUUUUUCUCACUUUCAGGACUUCAUAUGAAGUGUGCUGUACUGCAGCAAGUUCAGGAUGAGGUCCUACUGCUUCUCUGUUUUCCCUUUUUAAAGGAAAUCAUUUACAGUUUGUCUCACCAGGUGUCCAAGUGCUGACCUUUUCCACAUCAUGGGUUCAGUAUUAGUCAAGUGUUAGAAUCAGCUUCAGAUGUGACACAGAUCUGAUUGAUUACGUCCUUUCCCAAAGCCAGAAGACAGUAGACAUAUAAAAGUUAAGAAAUCAGUGUGCAGCAACAAUUUCUAUCAUGUAUUUUGAUGAACAAUUAAAUUCUUCAUUGUGUAAUAGUUAAAGUUUAUUUUUUGACUAAAAACACAUCUACCAUGUAAAAGAUAUUUUAUCAUAAACUAUAUUCUUUUGCAGACCUGGCUAAGAAUGUGUUUGUUUUACAAACUGCAUGUGUACAUGUGUAUGGUAAUCUGCAGUGUGGAUGUUAUGGAUUGUUUUUUAAUUAAAGAAAAUGCGGUUUUACUAGUUUUGCCUAAUAAAAAUUAAAUUCAUGGCCUUUUCAUCAGUUGUGUUUUAAGGUGCUUGUUAAAUUCAGUGUAAAUUGUUGGAACUUGUGAACAUACUGUAUUUGUUGAGAAAUAAAUGUGAA